AUGGCUGCGCUUGGAGCUGUUGGUCCUGUGCUUGAAAGCACGGCACAUUCUUCUGUCCAGUAUCCGGCGUCUGGGUCUCUGUUGUGCCUGGGAAUUGAGAGCAGCGCGAACAAAGUCGGCGUGGGAAUUGUUUCAUCAAAUGGCGAAAUAUUGUCAAACCCACGGGAGACUUUUAUCACUCCCCCCGGCACCGGGUUUUUGCCUCGAGAAACGGCGUUACAUCAUCAAAGCAAGAUCGUGGGACUAGUCAGGAGAGCCCUUGCCGAGGCACAUGUGGAGCCAAAACAGCUGCAUUGCAUCGCUUAUACGUGUGGACCGGGCAUGGGUGGUCCAUUGGCAGUCGGCGCCAUCACAGCACGAACCUUGUCCCUUCUCUGGAAUAUCCCUCUAGUGGCUGUAAACCACUGCGUUGCACACAUCGAGAUGGGGCGCCUCGUAACAGGGUGCAGCAAUCCUGUCGUCCUUUAUGUUAGCGGAGGGAACACACAGGUGAUUGGUUAUGCGGACGGACGCUACCGUAUACUGGGAGAGACCCUAGAUGUCGCAGUAGGCAAUUGCAUCGAUCGCCUUGCGCGUCUUCUUCACCUUCCCAAUGAUCCUGCUCCGGGAUACCAAGUGGAGCAACUAGCUCGUCGUUUUGCUGAGAGGAGGAGGCAAAAGUUGUCCCCUGGGGAUCAUUCUACAACGGCACACAGCGCCUGCGAUCCUCAUAUCGAGGAUCCUGCUCAGGGACGAAUGGAACAAUCACAAGCAGAGCUUACAGAAGAGCUGCUUCCUCUCCCUUAUACUGUGAAGGGCAUGGAUCUUUCUUUCAGUGGCAUUCUUAGUCGGCUGGAAGACAUCGCAGGGACAAUGAGACGGUACGAGAAAUUCAGGAACGACACGUGCCGAGAUAGCGCUGGUGAACGAGGGGCAGAUGCCGGCUCAAUUUCAGGGGAUGGCAAUGAAGGAUCGCAGAAACCGGCGCACGUUAGCAUACAUGACACAGAACAGUCAUGCGAGGUCUCAAACGAUGAGAAACUGGGGAAGGGUGAAGCAAGAACCUGCGACGUGGGGCCAAAUGAAGGUGCAUCUUCAGGGGUUCCGUCGGUCUCAACUACUGCCAAUGGCGUGCCCGCUGGAUCCAGAUACGAUGGCGUCGAGGCACCCACAUGCAAACAACGGGGAUCAGAUGGGAAGGCAGCAGAGAAGCAGCGACGUCGAUCAGAGGGAAAGGCAAGCACGGAGAUGCCACAGCUUCACACAUGCCCGCAGGACCUGCAGGAAAGCCAGGUUAAUCAAAAACUGCGGCAGGGUAAAUGUGCCGGUAAACUGAAACUAAAUGGCAGAAGAGAGUAUCAAAACGGAGAGAUGUUCGAGGAUUUGCCUACGCGCCUUUUAACGCCUGAAAGUCUUUGUUUUAGCGCACAGGAAAUUAUUUUCGCGAUGCUAAGUGAGGUUACGGAGCGCGCUAUGGCUCUCCACUACGCUGACCAAGUUUUGGUUGUCGGCGGCGUAGGUUGCAAUUUACGCCUGCAAGAAAUGCUGAAGGAGAUGGCGAUAAGGCGGGGUGCUUCGAUGGGCGGCAUGGACGACCGUUACUGCAUUGACAACGGAGCAAUGGUCGCAUAUCUCGGCUGUCUGAUGGCCUCUAGGGGCCAGUUUGUCGAUGUCAGCAAAGCGCAAUACCGCCAGCGCUUUCGCACCGACGAGGUGCCUGUUUUGUGGCGCGAGGACGAAGAUCAAUCACUCGAUGUUGCCGAGAUGCGGGGUAAAAGCUAA